AUGCGGCGAGUUAUGACGGUGUUUCUGGUGGGCGGCGGUUUGGCGUGUUUCACGUCGGUGAUCUGCUUGAUGCGCCUGCUGUACAGCGUCGAUGCGCCCAUGGACCCCUCGCAGCUGCUCGACGCGGCGGCUGCGGCGGGGACUGCGGGCGGGGGGGGCUCGUCCGCGGAUCUGCUGCUGGAGAAUGCCGCGCGGCAGCAGCUGCCGUCGCUGUCCAUCCGCGCGCUGCACGUGCUGCAGCAAGCGCGCUCGCUCGCCAUGGUCACUGGAUUCGGAGAGGCGCAGCCGCAACAGGACAAGGCGGUGCCGCCAUGCAUCCACGUGGAUACUGAUCUGUUCCCCGCCGCCACCUUCCUGCUCCCUCUCGACCGCUCCAUACUCCUCCGCCCACCUCCAUCCUCCUCCCUUCCGGAUGCUGCAGAUCCAUCCCCUUCCUCGUCCUCUUCUUCAGCCUCCUCAGCAGCUGCGCGCCAAUUCCCCCGCUCCCAGCGCAUCCGCACGGACUCUCCUGUCCCCGCUACCCCUCUCCCUUCCGCCUCCGCGUCCGCCGGCUCUGCUGGGAACGACUCGCGGGAGUUCACGCUGCUGUGGCGGGGCGCGCACGGGCUGGUGUGCCGGCGGUGGGCCACAGACGUCCGCGCGCGGAUACGGGAGGUGGCGGAGAUGAGGGGCACUGGCGGAAGCGGCGCAGUUUACGUGUCUGUGCUGCUGCAGAUGGGGGAGGGACUCAGAGCGGGACUGGGGGCGGGAGUGGGAGCGGGUGGGGGCAUUGGGGGCAAUGAGACUGCGGAUGCGGGCGAGGGGCAGCGAAGAGAAGGGGAAGGGCAAGAAAGCGUGAAGCGAGAGGGGGCAGAAGGUGACGACAGAAGAGAAGAAGGGAGGACGGGGACAGGAGCAGUGACAGGAGCAACAACAGGAGCAGCAGCAGGAGCGAGAUUGGGAGAGGGAGGUGCAGCAGGAGGAGUAGGGGGGGCGGGAGCAGGGGGGGGAGCGGAGGAGGCGCCAAGAGAGGGAUGGCGGAAGGAUUCAGGGGCAAUUGAGCGGGGCUUGGUGGAGACCCAGCGCGUGGUGCUGUCUGUGGCGCUGUGGGGGGACGGGCAGGGGGCAAGGGGAAGUGAAGAGAGCGCGCGGGUGGGGGGCUCGCAGCAGGAGAAGGGAAGUUCUGGGAGGUUUCCUGUGGGGGAGGGAGGGGAGGCAGGGGAGGAGUUGGUGCGGGUGGGAGCGGUGGGGCAGAGCAUUACGAGGCAACGCGAUGUGGGGCCGCUGGUGGCACUGGUGCCUCCAUCAGCCCGGUAUCUCUCUGUAGACCUCUGCGCACCUCCGUCCUUCCCGAUUCUUGGCGACCUGCCCCCUGACGCGGCAACAGCAGCAGCAGCAGAAAUAGCAGAAACAGCAGAAACUGCUGCCGCUCUUGCUGCUGCCACGGGUGGUGCUGCCAGUGCCAGCACCGGCGGUGCUGCUGGGGAUGGAGUUGGGAAGGGGCCCCGUGGGGCAGUGGCGGCAGGGGGCGUGGCUGUAAAGCUGUCUCUCAUGUAUCCCACCCAUGCUUCGCUCCUGGGUCAAGGCUCUCCUGCUGUGCCCAGCAGCGGGGAUCAAGAAAACUCCUCUUAUUCCAAGAACUCUACAGCAGCAACAUCAACAGAAGCAGCAGCCGCAGCAGCAGCAGCAGCAUCGGCCCCUGUUGUACUGACUUGUAUGAUUCGGGCAGGUCCACGGUUGUUUUACACUGCCCGAGAGCCGAAAGGGGAGGAGAGGGAGGAGAUCUGGGGCAACAUCUCCGUGCCCCUUGCCUCUUCUCACCCCUCCUCCUCCUCGUCCUCAUCCGCUCCCGCUGCAUCGGCGGAACAAGGCCACGCGUUUGGGGUGGCGCAGCUGUCAGUGCAGUGGGACAGCAACUGCAACGUGGUGCAACACAGCGUGGUCAUGUGCAGCUAUUACCCUCUUGAUCCGUCCCUCUCCUCCCUCGUUCUUCCCCCUUUUCCCCUACUUCGCUUGCCGUGCCCCACAUUUCCACCUUCCACUCCCUCACCGCGGCACGUGCUUUCUCCUCCUCCCCCUUGCAGAGUGCGGCAGAAGCAUCGAGUCAUGAAAGCAGGGGCAGCCUCCCCUGCAUGUGCCAUCCUUCAAGAUGCCUGCUCGGCCGCACAGGGCCAGCACAAGCAGCAGCAGCAGCAGCAGCAGCAGCAGCAGCUGGACAAGCAGCAGCAGCAGCAUGUGGGUGGAAGGGCGGGUUGGGGCAGUGAGCCGCUGGGGAGAAGAGCAGCUGGCUAUGUGUCCGCCUCUGACGCGGGUGCUGCUGGGGGCAGCAGUGCCGGUAAUGCGUCGUGCUCCCCCGUCUUCUCCUUCCACUUCCUCGGCCCCACGCCCUACGCCGCCCUUGCCGCCCACCGCUCCGCCGCCCUCUCCAACCGCUCGGGCGGCCACCGCGUGUCCUGGUUCGAGCGGCACAACAAGAGGCGGCAUUAUCUGAAGACCCGGGCGGCCAUGCUGAGAAAAUCAGCAGGGCUUAAGGACCAUGGGGGGGGAGGGUCGCCCAAGUUUGAGUCUCGAGUGGGGAAGAAGGGCAUGUGGGGGCGCAAGGCGCAUGAGAGGCCACCUGUGGGUGUGCCGAUUGGCCCGGGCAAGACCGGUGAGAGUGCAGUUGGGGAUGCAGGGUCGGGAUCAGGAACUGGUGGCGGUGCGGGUGGGGCAGCAGGGGAUACAGGAGGAACAGGGGCAGGCACAGGAGCAGCGGCAGGAGGAGGAGGAGCAGGGGCUGGGGCAGCGGCGGAGGAGGACGAAGGGGAGGGGUAUGAGGACGAUAACAACGUAGACGACGAGUUUUUCCACCUGGUAAUCAUAUCAGACACGCAGGGGGGCAGCUCUGUGUUCCGGCGCCACCUGACGCACAUCCGAGCGCAUAAACCCUCCGCAGACCUGAUUCUACACCUGGGCGACCGGGUCCCUGGAGCCGCCGCUGCUGCUGCUGCUGAGGCUGCGGCUGCGGCAGCGGCGGCGGGUGGUGGUGGUGGCAGUGGUGCUGCUGGUGGUGGUGCGAGUGGUGGGGGAGAGGGUGCUGCAGUGUUGCAGUGGCAGCGCAUGUGGACACAACCACUGGAAGCGAGCCAUGUGGCGGCGUCGAUUCCUUCCCUGGGCGUGCAUGGGGAUCUCGAUGUAGCUGUGGGGCAUGCAAGUGGGUCAGGUGCAGGAGCAGCAGCAGCAGCACAUGGGGGAGGCUGGACAGCAUGGCUGCGGGCCACGCUAGAGGCGGUGGCAGCAGCGAGGGAGCGCAGAAUAGCACCCCCGUUUGUAGCCGUCCUGCUGCACGUCCCUCCUUUCAUUGACUACUGGGAUGCUGCUUCAUGGCAUGGGAGCCACAGUGGUGGUGGUAGUGGGGGGAGUGGGGGUGGUGGUGGGCCAGGAAGUGGUUUUGGAGGGAGUGGUGGUGGGGAGGGGAGUGGAGAGGAUGGGGGUGGAGGGGAGAGGAGGCGGACGGAGUGGGUGAGGUUGGAGUGGGUUCCUCUGUUUGAGAAGUAUCGUGUGGAUCUGGUGGUUAGUGGGCACUCACAUGCGUACCAAAGGGGCGAGAGGAACGGAGUCAUGUACGCCAUAUUGGGGGGAGGUGGGGAGCGCAUUGACAAGCACCGAGUUGCCGACUGGGGCAUGUAUAAGGCCAGCGGCAGUGUUGGUUAA